UCUUCUUGCCUGCGCGAGCAGAUCGGAGCGUCUCAGUUACCGGUAGAUUCUCGCGCCGAGAAAUGCUUCGCGCAGCUCCUCCGACGCUCCAGAGGUCCAGGCGAUGCACUUAUGUUCUACAAGUAGAUGAAGCGGUGGACAUUUUCAAGGAUCACUACCAGGAAGGAAUUGGAAGUCGAUGCUUGAAGCUAUCCAUGACCGAUGAUGCUCAACGAGUUUUUGGCAUUGAGUAUCGUCCUACCCCACAGCUCAAAGUAUUACAAGUCUUUGCCUUGAUUUUUCUUUUCUCCCAAUGCGUAAGGAAUGUCUACAUUCGGAGGGGGAUGUUUCUUCUCGUCCCGGAAAUUGUUACUGUUCUUGGAGGAGCUUGACGAGGCUCGACAGAGAGUGGUACAUCAAGUAAACAAACCUCCUCAGGGAAACAGGCACCCGCGUGGUACUACUCCACCAUCGUUGGAAGAGCAGCUUACACAAGCUGCCUGGCCCCGAACUCCAAGAAAACAAUGGCGCUGCAGCCAAUCCUGGAAUGAGCAGCAACCUUCUUCGACUGUUCGUGAUAAUCCAUAUACAGGAAGGCAAGCACCUGUUUCUAUAGAAGAUCUUUCUCGCGGUUCAUAUUCCUACAGUGAACACCGAGUAAACACAAAGACAGCAUCGGACCUCGUCUGGCACACCUUCGGAGACUUCUGUCGGCCUGGGAAAUUCGCGUAUUCGUAUGCUUUCCCUCCAAUCCAAUCAAGAAACCAGGAGUAGAAGACAACUUCGCAGUAAGUUUUAUGAUCUUCACAUUUCCCCGUCCAUUUUUCAGCCCCUCCCUUUACGUAUCUGGCAGUUCUACAGAGGUAGUUUUUGGAGUCAGGUGUAGUUCAAUCAGGCCGAGUUCAGGUAAUAAAAGAAAAGAAAAAACUGGAUA